CCAUUGGUGAGUUUACCAAAGGCAUCUGCCAGUGGGACUUCAGUGGAAUGUGAAACCAAAUCGUUUUCAAGUUAAAGAUAGACACAGUGGACGCCAGAAACUGGAAGCCGGGUGUUUAAACUCCUGUCUCUCCCUAGAAUUUCAGGAUUGGUUAUGAUCUCAGGGGUAAUUAGCUGUUUGGCUAAAUCUGUUCUCCCACGGACGUGCUAGCAAUCUCCGUGUGCUCUAGAUGAACUGGCACUGAAAAGGUUGAAGAGGGGAUGCUGUACCUGACCCAGGAUAAAUAGGAUUUACAAGCCCCUGGAAGCACGUGAGAAGUCUUCAAAUGCCACAGUCAACUGCUAUUUCAAAGAAAACAAAAUAGAUGGUUCUGGAAAGUCCAUGCUGUUUCUUCAUUGAAUUUUAGAAUGAUUGAAGAUAGUGGAAAAAGAGGAAAUACCAUGGCAGAAAGAAGACAGCUGUUUGCAGAGAUGAGGGCUCAAGAUCUGGAUCGCAUCCGACUCUCCACCUACAGAACAGCAUGCAAGCUGAGAUUUGUGCAGAAGAAAUGCAAUUUGCACCUGGUGGACAUUUGGAACGUCAUUGAAGCACUGCGGGAAAACGCUUUGAAUAACCUGGACCCAAGCAUAGAACUCAACGUAGCCCGCCUGGAGGCGGUGCUCUCCACUAUUUUUUACCAGCUCAACAAGCGGAUGCCAACCACUCACCAGAUCCACGUGGAGCAGUCCAUCAGUCUCCUGCUGAACUUCCUGCUCGCAGCCUUUGACCCGGAAGGCCAUGGUAAAAUCUCAGUAUUUGCUGUCAAAAUGGCUUUGGCUACAUUGUGUGGAGGAAAGAUCAUGGACAAGUUAAGAUAUAUUUUCUCAAUGAUCUCUGACUCCAGUGGAGUGAUGGUGUAUGGAAGGUAUGACCAGUUCCUUCGGGAAGUUCUCAAACUACCCACAGCAGUUUUUGAAGGUCCUUCAUUUGGUUACACAGAACAAUCAGCGAGAUCCUGUUUCUCCCAACAGAAAAAGGUCACCUUAAAUGGCUUCCUGGACACUCUCAUGUCAGACCCUCCUCCACAGUGCCUGGUAUGGCUGCCUCUUCUGCACAGACUGGCAAAUGUAGAAAAUGUCUUCCAUCCAGUUGAGUGUUCCUACUGUCACAGUGAGAGCAUGAUGGGAUUUCGAUACCGAUGCCAACAGUGUCACAACUACCAGCUUUGCCAGGACUGCUUCUGGAGGGGCCAUGCAGGAGGUUCUCAUAGCAACCAGCACCAAAUGAAGGAAUAUACAUCAUGGAAAUCACCUGCUAAGAAGCUAACGAAUGCAUUAAGCAAGUCCCUGAGCUGUGCUUCAAGCCGCGAACCUUUGCACCCCAUGUUCCCAGACCAGCCUGAAAAGCCACUCAACUUGGCUCACAUCGUGCCUCCGAGACCUGUAACCAGCAUGAACGACACACUCUUCUCCCACUCUGUUCCCUCCUCAGGAAGUCCUUUCAUCACCAGGAGCUCUCCUCCCAAGGACAGUGAAGUAGAACAGAACAAAAUGCUGGCUAGGGCUGCUCCAGCCUUUCUGAAGGGCAGAGGGAUACAAUACAGCCUGAAUGUGGCAGACAGGCUAGCUGAUGAACAUGUUCUCAUUGGGUUGUAUGUCAACAUGCUCCGGAACAACCCACCAUGUAUGCUUGAGACUUCAAACCGGCUUGAUGAAGAACACAGGCUGAUCGCCAGGUACGCCGCACGACUGGCAGCAGAAUCCUCCUCAUCCCAGCCCACACAGCAGAGGAGUGCCCCUGACAUCUCCUUCACCAUCGAUGCAAAUAAACAGCAAAGGCAGCUGAUUGCAGAGCUAGAGAACAAGAACAGAGAAAUCUUACAAGAGAUUCAGAGACUUCGGGUAGAACACGAGCAAGCUUCCCAGCCCACUCCAGAGAAGGCUCAGCAGAACCCAACCUUGCUGGCAGAACUCCGCCUCCUCAGACAGCGCAAGGAUGAGCUAGAACAGAGGAUGUCUGCUCUCCAGGAGAGCCGGAGAGAGCUGAUGGUCCAGUUGGAAGGCCUCAUGAAGCUCCUGAAGGAAGAAGAACUGAAGCAGGGAGUAAGUUAUGUCCCCUACUGCAGGUCUUAACUAACAGUGGAGGGCUGCUGUCCUGCUGACCUCAAUGCUUUGGCCUCUAAUGUAUGUUCCUGCUUCAGUUUGGAGAGAAAAAAAAAAACAAAAACAAAAAAACAAACCUACUAAUUUGCUUCCAUUUCAAUGUAGUGCUUGAAUUGAGAUUAUAAGAUUCAGCAUUCUGUUACAACUGUCAAUACUACUGUCGGCAACAAAUGAAGACCUGUUUUGUGUUGAGAAGGGAGAACGACUUGUGUUUCCUUGGGAAGGUUUUGUUCAGAUCCUCGAGGGUGUUAACUUUCAAAUUCAUGUUAUGCUCUUUGAGGUUAUUGCUGGGACCCUUCUCUUGAUAGAAGGUCAGUCAUUGGAGCUCCUCAAAGGUCAAUGUUGUUGCCCAAGCUGCAGCCCCACAAGAGCAAACCUCCACACUGUGAACAUUUAGUUCAGCUUCCAUUUCUCUGAAAAGGCAUAGAAACUCUUCUCAUAAGGAUCGGGUAAUAAAUGCCCUGCCAUCACAUAACAUAAGCUAUGCCACCCAUCCUGUGCUCAUAGAUGUGUUCAAUCCUGUAAGACUGUUCUCGGUAGCCGACUGACUGUCCACUUCACACCUCUUUAGUUCCCUCCAAAGCUGUUGGUUAACAAUGUCCUAUAAAAAAUAGGCAACUUUCUUCCCUUCCGUUCUUCCCGAGGUUCUUUCUGCUCUGUGAUUUUAUAGGUCCUAUAAACACCUAUUUUUCUGUAGAUAGGGGCAUCAUGACCAUUGGGCUGUGUCAUACUCUGAAGCCCUGUUUGACCUUGUAGCAGAAGAAGCUGUACAUGGAGAGAAGUGAAACCAAAGUAGAGCAGAAGAAAAGCAGCUUGAACACCCUGUGCAUGUACCAAAGUGUAUGAUGAUAUUUCCUAGCUCCAUUAUUUAAAGAUAUCACAUUAUGCCCAUGGUGAAUUAGAAACUUGAACCUGUCCGAUUUCAAUAGCUCUGUUAACUCUUCUGUAUGCUCUUUUCUAUUUUCCAUUCUGUGUGUUUGUGUGUAACAGAGAAUGUUUGCAAAACACUGGAAACUUUUUAACUCUUCAUUCCCAAGGUCUGUAAAAACUUAAUAAGAAAAGAAACAUGUUAAACCAAUCUGUAACUCAGACAAUAAAGACGAUGUGCGGCAUUAUUUUGUACAUUAUGAAAAAAUUCCUUUACUGAACUGACGCCAAAUUUUCACCAGGGAUGACUCCCUUGUCUUAAAGAUGCACUGUAUUUGUAGCCUCUACCGUUGUCUGUUCCUGCAUCCCUGGGGUGUGGCUGCUGGACUUCAAUCAUGGCAGAGUGUAUCCCUUGAUAUCUCUUUGCAAACAGGCUUUGCCCUGCCUCUUAUUUUGCAUGCAUAUAGAAACAGAAAAGCUGCUCUAAUCUAAGCUCCCUCCUCCCUCUGGGCAGAGAGGGCAAUCGUCUUGCCUUAAAAUUCAUUUCCCUGGGGACCCCUUCCCUCCAUUUCCCAAGUAUAUUCCGGAAGGCUUUUAUACAUUCAUAGAGCCAGGCUGUGGAAGUGCCCUUUAGGUUGAACUUUGUCAUCUCCCUUUCUAUCCCUUUCCUGUGCAGCCCCUCCCAGCCUCUGCAUGUUGAAGGUUCACCCCAAUAAGGGCUGUAGCAUGGAUAGAAGCCAUCUGCCAGAAACCCAAAUGUAGGUUACACACUCAUUCACUCUUAUCUCCUCGGUUUCUACUCAAGCUUCUCUUUAAACCGUCCUCGGGUCAAGGGCACUUACAACGCAGCUUAUAAACAGCAGCUCCACAAAACUGAAAUAGAAGACGGAGGAACUGAGGAAGAGAAAAUGGGGCAAGGGUAUUCUGAACACUUUAGCAGCAAAACAAAAGAGGGAAAAGCAAUCCAGAGUUUUAUCAGCAUAGAAAUACCACUUCAUGGAAGUUCAGAGUAUCUUCCACAUUAGGUACUAAAGCAAGCCUUCAUUCAGAUCGUUAUAGAAAAGUACCGAACAAUAUAAUAGAAAAAUUCAGUGGUGGAUUGCAAGUGGCCAUUGCUUAUACUGAUCUUUAGUCAAAACUAAAGCCAGAACCUCAUCAAAUCCAACCCCAUUGAGAUAGUCCUGUGAGAAAAUGAGCAAAUUCCUUCCAAAUCUCUUUCUCGUGGUUGAACAUGAUCUAAGGAGAGAAUUUAGAGGUCUUACACUGGCCUUUACUUCUAAAUUCUGUUUUAUGAGCCUUUCCCCUUCAGGAAAAUUCUCUUUGUAAAAAUCAAACUCAAAAUACCCCAUAGCACAAAUCAUGCUUGAUUUAAUAACCUCUACUUGUUUUAUAAUAAAUCUGUGUGGUUCAAUGUAGUGUUUUAUUAUACUGGCAUCUACAAGCUCUACAUAUACUGUUUCUUGUUACAGGUAAUGCAUGAAAUUAUCCCCCUUGAGGAGAGAACAUGAAUUUAAAAAAAAUAGUGCCUGUAAUAUAACAUGAUUAUGGUAUCACAAGCAA